GGCUCCUCCGUUUCUCGCCGUUGUCUCCUCCACCGGCGGCCAGUGACAGGCCCGGCACCUGGAAAAGAAUAUCUUCAACUAUAUGUCCUAAAAAUGCGAUUUUUCUAGUUUCCCUCGAUCCUUCAUCCCUCGUUAUUAUCUGGGACUGGGUCGGUUGAGAUUCCGACUGCGAUGUUUAGUUUUGAGUGCCCAUCUUCAAAGCCCAGACCUUGAAGCAUUUGUUCGUGUGUCGUCGAAUCUAUAUCUCUCCGAAGUGUAGCCCACGAUGCUGAGAAGGAUAAGCCUGCAGAUUUUUCACAUAGAAAGGCUUAAUUGCUGCCUCAAUCGAAGCUACGCUUUUGCUUCUUCUUCUUCUUCUGGAGCGUUGAAUGUAGGAGUGGAUGAUGAUGGUGACGAUGAGUUGUACUCGGACGUGCCGAGGCCUCCGCAGCGGAAAACCCAAAGAAAGCCUUUUGUGACCCCAAUGAAAGAGCUGAUUCGGAAGGCGAAGGAAGAGAGAGAAGCUCGAAAGUUGCAGCCUUGUCGAAUGCUCGAGAACCCACCAGAGAACGGAUUGCUCGUGCCCGAGCUUGUCGAGGUGGCUCACCAUGUCUAUAGCGCUCGAGAGUACCUACUCAAGGGUCUAUCGGAACUCGUCAAGGUUGUUCCGGUGCAACGCUGUAGGUUCUGUUUUGAAGUUCAUAUUGGUCGUGUUGGCCAUGAGAUUCGUACAUGCAGUGGUCCAAAUAGUGGUCUUCGUAGUGCUACUCAUGUAUGGAGAAAGGGGGGUGUUCAAGAUGUCAUAUUUUUCCCCAAGUGUUUCCAUCUCUAUGAUCGUGUUGGAAAACCAAGAGUGGGGCACGACGAGAGGCGCAGUGUCCCAAGAAUCCCUGCUGUUGUAGAGCUUUGUAUACAAGCUGGCGUAGACCUCGAAAAGUUUCCCUCAAAGAGAAGAACAAAACCUGUGUAUUGUAUCGAGGGAAGAAUUGUAGACUUUGAGUCCGUAAGUGACACACACAUGAUUGCUGAAUCAGUAAUUGAGACAGAUGAAAUGGGAAGGAAUGUAGUUCCAUCGAGAACCAGCCCUAUUGAAGAAAGUAAAUUUGACCUCUGGAGUAGUUCAACUGAUGAAGUCAAAAACAUAAAGGAACUGAGUGUGUGGACACUGAAGUCAUGGUUUGAAAUGAUGGAAGGAGUGAAAAAGAUAAUGGAAAGUUAUAUUGUGUGGACCUGCGGGUACUGUCCCGAGGUUCAGGUGGGUCCCAAGGGCCAUAAACUCAGAAUGUGCAAGUCAUCAAAGCACCAAUCUCGCAAUGGUUUGCAUGCCUGGCAGGAAGCAACAAUAGAUGAUAUUGUUGGCCCUAAUUAUGUCUGGCAUGUUCACAAUUUAAACGGGCCAGCUUUGAAUAACAACUUGAAGAGGUACUAUGGCAAAGCUCCUGCUCUGGUAGAGCUUUGUGUGCAGGCUGGUGCCCCAAUACCUGAUUGCUACCGAAGUAUGAUGAGGAUUGAUGUUGUCCGUCCUGACCGUGAUGAAGCUGAUCUUGUUGCUUAAGAAGUUAUCAGUAAGGCAGAAGUUGGAUGUGAACUUCUGCGUAUUAUGGUGCUAUCGAGCUAUUAUUGUGGGAAAUGCAUUCAGCAUGCUGCUGGUGAAGAAAGUAUUGACAAAAGUGAGAUCUUCUUGAUGGCUGAAGAUGUGCUUGACUUGACCGUUGAAGCAAUAUGAAUCAUGAGUUGCUGCCA